AUUUGUUCUCAAAGGAAAUGCAACGUAGAAGAAGAAUGUUACCUUCUGGGUCUCCGUAACUUACGAAAUUGUAUGCUAGCGUUUCAGCUCAUAGCGUUGACAUUGAGCACCAUAAACGGGACACUUACGGUUUGGAAAAAAAAAAAAGCAGGCUGCUACCAUGGUUACCGGCAAGCGCUUGGCUGACAUGGGCUACCGAGCCUUUUCUGCCUCCAUGAUGCUGCUGACCGUUUACGGGGGCUACCUGUGCGCCAUGCGGGGAUACCGCUACAUGCAGAGGCAAAAGGAACUCAAAAUGGCUGCCGAGAACCAGGAUCCGGAGUUGAUCAAAGACUGAUGGCAGGUCAGCAAAGACCUGGAAAUACCCCUCUCUAACCCUCUCGGUGGGAUGGUGUGAUUUAAGGUUGAAGCAUAUUUCAGCAAGGAAUAAUAACUUUGGGCAAUGCCCUUGUGUGACAAGACAUUCAUUUGGUUUAAGUAGCAGAGAGGAAUGUACACAGAUUAAAUUCAUUGGUCUGAAAAUUAUUGUCAUGAUAUUGCGCUUCAUCUCAUCAUGGUGACAUGAAGAGCAAUUUAAUGUUCUUCCAUUAGAUGGCAGGAGACAACGCGUCUUAUAGUCACGUGUAACAAUUAUACAUUUGACACUUUUGACUGUAAAUUCGAGAGUGAAAAAGAAUUUUGUCAUAUGUUCAUGGACUAAAGUUUGUGAAGCUCAUUUUUUGACAUUUUUGUUUGGUUGUGUUCCUUGGCUCAAUAAAGGUUGGGAAACACAGCUUGGUAAGAACUGACAAAUUUUCAUUGGGGGAUCAAACAAAAUAUAACAGUAAAAAGUAGCAUGGAGUGGAGCGGUUUGUCCGUAAAACAUAACAAAACUGGUCAAAAACGAACAUGUGAGAGAAGUUUUUCAAAUGUUUUUCAAAAAAAUCGUGUCACGUGGGCGUCUCGUGCAAUCUGCUUCUGACAGUGGUGGUGCAGUGUCCGUUGGUGCCAUUUUCCACUUUGUGCGCAGGCGUUGUUGUCCACUCAUCUUCAGAGCUGCUCUCUACGUCACUGCGUACAUCGUUGCAUACCUUGACAGAGAAUGAUUUUUUUUGUCAAUUGGUAGGCGAUUUUAAGAUUGGGGGGGGUAUGCAGAUUUAUGCAGCGGUUCAUAACACUCAAAGUCAGGUAAACUGUGAAGCUAAACACGCAUAACAUAGAAAAUUAUACAUACUAUAUCAUAUAGUUGGGCGACGAUGGGAUCCGGUACUAACACUCAGAUUCUCCCGGAACCGUUCGAAUUUUCACAUUUUGAUUCCAUGUUUCGAUGCCCUGACCAUCGCUCGGAAAAAAAUGGCUGCCGAACACCACGAAGAAGCGUGUGUUUGUGCAUUGCAACUUGAUUUCAACCAUGGACACGGUGCGGCGGCGCUGAAAAGUUUGGCUCAUCUACACAAAGAAAAAUGACCAGUCAGCUCAAUGCAACAUUUCAUGCAGAGCUGGCUGCACAGCCAAUAUGAUUAAACACCUCUGGCUUCAUGGAAUACAAGUGCCGAGUAAUGCAUAGCGGAGUGCCGUGUAUUUGACACGCUACGCCGGUCCUCUGACCAGUCAGAACCAGCUAAGUAAAACAAUAAAUUAGGUCUGCCUUCAAGCGGUAGAUAAUAAAGAAUAAGUCAUGUUUACGUCGGGCUAAUGCAGCUAUACAAGCAGCUAGGUACUUUAUGUAGCGCGUUGCCGCCUCCGUUAAAAUCAACAGUAUUAAAAUCAUUUGUUUUGGAAUUGCUUUUACAAAUAAGGAAACCCCUAUUAUUUUGCCUCAUCUACAUCAAAUUAUACUAAUGCUUCAUCGUAGCUCCCAGCUAGCGUACAUGUAUAUAAAGUGCGUAGCGGCUCACGGCUACCUUACUCCUAUGUAAUAUUUGUGACUUUUUCCUCACUUUCUCAUAUUUAUGCGUUCAAGCUUCAUCUACACCCAGUGAACAUGUGUUCUCCAAUGCAGGAGACACUAUCCGUCCAGAAUGGAGAUAUGAUCAUUUCCCUCAACAAAAACUUUCAGAUUUUAUACUGUACCCGCUACUAAUCUGGACUGGGAUUUACAAGUUGUUUUUUGCUUGUUUCUUUGUUAUUCUGUACCAGAUGAGCCCAUUAGUGAGAGUUCAAUUAACAUGUAAAAACGCCUGCAGCAUAAAACACUAAUACAUGUAGAUGUUUUCUCUGUGAGCUUUUGAAAAAUAAAAGAGCACUCCUGUGGAAAGAAACUUCAUCAUAUUCAAGUUAAAAGACUGAUAUUUAUUUACAAGUUAAAAAUAGCCCUAUGAGAAAUUGAUAGUUAAUUGAAAAUUCACAUAAUUUAAAAAAUAAUCGAGAAGAUAAGAAAUUAGUACAGACUAUGCAUUUUUUAUUUACCCUGCCUAUUAAAAGAAUCUGAAUCAACAAUUGUUUGGAAACUGAAUCGAAAUGUGGAAUCGGAACCGGAACCUUUCAAAUUCAAAUGAUGCCCAACCCUAAGAUUCAUGCACUAAAAUACAAAACGUCAUUUUCUGAGAGCCCGCUAGCUUAACGCUGAUUUACAAUGGAACACACCAUUCACUCACUGAUGAAAACUAGUAUCGCUUUGAAUUGGAUAUUCACACAUGCACAAACGUCUCUAACAGUCAUUGACAUGACAUAUAACCACGCAUAAACAAAUGCUCUUUGGACGCUGGCAAAUAUUAAGCCUGAACGAUAUAUCGUUUAAACAUCGCCAUCGCGAUGUGUGCGUGCGCGAUAGUCCCAUUGCAAGCACGUGCGAUAGUUUUUAUUUUUUUUAAUCCACAUACGCCCUGCUUUCUGCUCUGUGCAGAGCCUCACACCCUCCCUCUACCAGCUCUUUGAAACUCACAGUCACUGCAGCACUUGCUUAUUAAAGUUAAUGAUGCUGGUAUCUUUGAUCUGGCCAAAGAAGCGUACAUCACAGCGCAGCAGCUGUCAAUCAUCGUUUAACUUGUUAAACAGUUUCUGCAAGGAAGCCACAUUGGAAUGAAUCUGUGUGUGUGAAGUUUGAGACAUUUAAAUUAAAUGCCAGAAGUGAUCAUGAGGAGUUUGUAAUUUUUACAUGUCCACCAAGAGUCACAGCUAAGGUAGAAGUACUUAAUAAAGCCAAGCAUUUUUC